CUGGCUCGCAGGGAGAUUUCGUUCACCCUCGCGUGGUUGAGAAAGCUCGCCUAGCUACCUCUGGGUCCCGCUCUCCUAUCUCCGUUACCCUCGGAGAUAAAAAGACGCAGCGCUUCUUCAAUCAGACGGUCCCCGACCUCCACUUCUCCCUCACCCUCCAGCCAUCGGAUAGUCCCCAGAUGCCUAGGCGCUACCAUUCCUCCGCAUACUUCGACGUACUUGAAACUGGGUACGACUUUAUCCUUGGCACUCCCUGGUCUCGCCGGUUCCAUGGCACAGAGGCCGAAUGGGCGACCGAGACACUCGUUCUCAAAACGAAGUGUGGUCAGACUCAUCGCAUCCCGUUCAUUGGAACCACGGGCGACACCCCACCCGACCUACCUCCCCAGGGCCCUCAUCCCUCAGGGUCCCGCCCCAACAUCGCGUUCACUUCCCCUCAUCAGUUUGCUCACUUCAUACGACAGGAAGACGUCACGUUUUACUCAGUAAACGUCAUGGAUCUUCUUCGCUACGAUCCACCCUGUCCCGAGGUUGAGCUCAUGUCUCUUGAGCCCGAUCCCCCUGACCCUCCUUCCAUCUUCGCGGCUCCCAUCUCUACAUCCACUCGUCAGCCUGCGGAUACCUCCUCCACGUCUCAGGCCCCUGCGCCGUCGACUGUCGAGUCCACACAUACGUCUCGUGCUGACGCAAACGCUGAGGAACUCACACGGUUCACGGCAGACUUAGAGCCUGCCGUUCGUGACCUGAUUCGAGAGUACUACGACGUCUUCCCCCCCUAUUUCUCAUACAGUGGGAUUCCCCCGAUUCGCGGUGUCGAGCAUUCCAUCCAACUCGUGCCUGACUAUCGUGUUCACCAUCAGGCACCAUACCGACUCUCGAUUCCAGAGGCAACGGAACUCAAGCGUCAGCUUGAGGAGCUCCUUCGAUUGGGUUUCAUUAAACCCAGUAACUCCCCUUGGGGUGCACUUGUCCUUUUUGCUCGCAAAGCGCACGGAACUCUCCGUCUCUGCAUCGACUACCGCGGCCUUAACUGUUACACGGUUAACAAUAACUAUCCCAUGCCCCGUGCGGAUGAGCUGUUUGACCGUUUGGCAGGCAACCGCUUCUUCACGAAGAUUGAUCUUCGUAGCGGUUACUACAAGAUCCGCGUUGCCACAGAGGAUCAGCCGAAGACCGGAUUCCGAUCGCGCUUCGGCCACUACGAUCGUACCUUAGAAGACCAUCUCAGACACCUCCGCGAUGUCCUACAGCGCUUACGCAAGCAUGGCUUCUAUGCCAAGCUCAGUAAGUACCGCUUUGCCCAGCGCAAAGUGGACUUCUUAGGACACCAUGUGUCUGACCAGGUUCUCCACAUGGACGACGCGAAGAUCACUGCUAUUGCAGAGUGGCCCGUCCCCACAUCUGCCAAGCAGCUUCGCAGCUUCCUAAGCCUCACCAGCUACUAUAGUAAUUUUAUCCAGGGAUACGCUAGGUAUUCCUACGUCCUUACCUCUACCCUCCUCUGGAAGAACCCGCCGUGGUUUUGGACACCCCUAUGCGAGGACGCCUUUCGCGCCCUCAAGAAGGCGGUGACCUGUGCGUCGGUUCUUCGCCUUCCCGAUUUUGAUCGUCUCCUUAUCGUCACCACCGAUGCGUCAGACUUUGCAGUAGGAGUUGUCCUUUCUCAGGUGUUUCCCUCUCCUCCAGAUUCACCUUACCCCCAUGUCCCUCCUUUCCCCCCCCCUCCUGYYGAWACUGCUUCUCGACUGAYGCCUACCCUCCCACCACUUCCCUCCACUGACAGUCCUCCUGUUACUUACUCCCCGACCAUCGCGGAGGAUGGGACUGUCGAGGCUCGUGCUGGGGAUUGCCCGAUCGCUUUCUACUCCCGUCAGCUACUGCCUACCGAGAUAAACUACACUGCCGAUGAAUGUGAGGUUCUCGCAGUAGUUUAUGUUACCCGGCAUUGGCGUCAUUAUUUGCACGGGGCGCCGUUCACGGUGCGCACGGACAACUCAGUUGUCCAGGCUUUCCUCACGAAGCUUAAGCUUUCCCCUCGACAGGGACGCUGGUGGCGUGACUUAUCCGAGUUCAGUUUCACCACUCACCCCAUCAAGGGUGAAACGAACCGCGUCGCCGACGUCUUGUCCCGCCGUCCUGAUCACAAUGAGGAACCCAUCCAUCUUGCUGCCAUCUCCAUCACCACUGUUCAUCAGUCGGUGAUCGACGCGUAUCGCACUCAGUACCGCCACUGCCCCGAUUAUCGCGUCAUCCACGCGACACUGCGGAGUGGCAAGACCGUUCCUUCCUACUCCCUCGUGGAGAACGGCCUCGUGUACUGGCAUGGCAGAUUUGGUCAGCUAGAACCACACACUCGUUGCCCUACGCUUGACGACUGGAUCGCCCACAUGGCGGCGAUUAUGAAGCGCGCACACGAGAGUUUAGCCGACUCCCAGACUCGCAUGGCCACAAGAACGAACCGAUCACGAAUGGAUCAUCCAUUCAAAGUCGGUGACGAUGUGCUCGUCGACGCACGCCACUUACAGCUCGAAGCAGAUACGGUUCGCAAGUUCAGGCGUCGUUUCUUCAGUCCAUCCCGCAUCCUUCAGGCCGUCGGUUCUGAUACUGCCGCUAGUCCGGUCAGCUUCCGUGUGAAGGUACCUGAUUACCUUCGACAGGCUCGUGUACACGAUGUUUACCACGUCUCCUUGCUGCAUCCUUAUCGCAGACCGUCCGAGCGCUUCGCCGGACGCCCUUAUGAGCGCCCUCCACCUAUCAUGGUGGAUGGUCACGAGGAGUUCGUUGUUUGUGACAUCGUAUCACGCCGAGUUAUCGACAAUACCCCUCCACGCAUCGAGUACCUUGUGCGUUGGAAGGGUUGCCCUGAUGAGGAGGCUACUUGGGAGCCCCUCGAGCACUUGCGGCACACCAGGAUGUUGGUGCGUGCAUAUGAUCGUGCUCGUCGUGCUGAGACAUCUGCUUUUACUCAGCCGACUGACCCUCUUCCUCCUCCUCCGGCUGAGGAGAUUGCUGAGGACGAGCCCACUCCCUCUGAGGCCGUUCCUCAGCCGCAGACGGUCGCCUCCGAGCGUCCACAGCGCACUCAUCGUCGCCCUUCGCGUUACGAUGACUGACACUCUUAUCCUCCAUCUUUCCCCAGUAACUCACACCAUCAGGUACUCCAUCAUCAACUCUUCUUCAGGAUGUCAGUGUUUUACGGC